UAAGAGCCGCACAUGCGCACUAGCUGGACCAACCGGAAACGCUUUUACCGCUAUUUGAGCUUAAGCAACAUUUUUGGGACGGUGCACGUCAGAUUUUACUGGUUUUUCCACAUUCCAGAAAGUAGGAAUUGAUUUUACAUUAACAAAACAGCUGCCCGGAGGCCAUGAAAAAUAUGGCAAGCGAGUGAACUGACUUUCAUCGAAAAGGACUUUGACAACAGUGACGCCAGAGAGCAGAUGGACGGGCCAGUUGGGGCGAUGCGUGUGUUGGUGACGGGCGGCAGUGGGCUGGUGGGGCGAGCGAUAGAGCGGGUGGUGAAAGAGGAGGAGGGAGGGAGAGAAGGAGAAGAAUGGAUAUUCCUGUCAUCCAAAGAUGCCAAUCUCAUGAGCGCUGAAGAGACGAGAUCAGUUUUCCAGAAACAUCGUCCGACACACGUCAUUCAUUUGGCCGCCAUGGUAGGCGGGCUCUUCAGAAACAUGAGACAGAACCUGGACUUCUGGAGGAAUAAUAUAUUUAUCAAUGACAACGUGCUGCAGACGGCUCAUGAGUUCGGGGUGGUGAAGGUCGUUUCUUGCCUGUCCACGUGUAUAUUCCCGGAUAAAACCACCUACCCCAUAGAUGAGACCAUGAUCCACAACGGUCCGCCACAUGAGUCUAAUUUCGGUUAUGCCUACGCCAAACGCAUGAUUGAUGUCCACAACAGGGCGUGUUUUCAGCAGUACGGUCGGCGAUACACCGCCGUCAUUCCUACCAAUGUUUUUGGACCACAUGACAAUUUCAACAUUGAGGACGGUCACGUUCUGCCGGGGUUGAUCCACAAGACUUACCUGGCAAAGAAGGAAGGUAAACCUCUGCAGGUCUGGGGUUCAGGUCGGCCUCUACGGCAGUUCAUCUAUUCUCUGGAUCUGGCUCGUCUGUUUCUGUGGGUUUUGAGGGAGUAUGACGAGGUGGAGCCCAUCAUUCUGUCAGUUGGAGAGGAGGAUGAGUUGUCCAUAACGGACGCUGUGGAUGCUGUGGUUGAAGCGUUGGGGUUCAAAGGUGACGUGAUUUAUGACACUAGUAAAGCAGACGGUCAAUUCAAGAAAACCGCCAGUAACGCCAAACUACGCAAAUACUUGCCAGACUUCAAGUUCACACCGUUCAAAGCAGCUAUCAAGGAGACGUGUGAUUGGUUUGUGGCCAAUAAUGACAUCGCCCGUAAAUGAAGAUCUUCACAUCUCAUUGGUUGUGGGGUAGCUUCAGACUGACGGCAGAUCUGGGUUCCAUAGUAGCUUUCAUUGGCCAAGGACCGCCCAGAGGCCAUGUAAAACAACCAAUCACAGUUUGUUUUGUUCUGCGCCAUGUUUAGGGGCUUGAAAAUGUAAAGUCAAUGUCCCUACAAUAAAAGACCAGCUUGUAAAACAUA